AAGUUUCCUUGCUUUCCAAGCUUAAACAAAGUAUUUCCAAACAAAGAAACAAAAUCCAAAGUUCCAAUGGCCUCGCAGUUUCUUUUGUUAGCAUGCCUUGCUAUAACAGCUUCCAUUGCUUUAGCAUCCGACCCAAGUUCCCUUCAGGAUUUCUGUGUGGCUGAUCCAUCAACCUCAGUACCAGUGAAUGGACAUGUAUGCAAGGACCCCAAGCUUGUUGUUGCAGAUGACUUCUUCUUCAGUGGACUUCACUUAGCAGGCAACACAUCCAACCCUGCUGGUUCAAGGGUGACCCCUGCUAAUGUAGCCCAAAUUCCAGGACUCAAUACUUUUGGCAUCUCCCUUGUUCGUAUCGACUAUGCACCAUGGGGUAUCAAUGCUCCACACACUCAUCCUAGAGCGACUGAAAUCUUGACAGUCCUUGAAGGGAGCCUCCAAGUGGGUUUUGUCACCUCCAACCCCGAAAACAGACUUAUCACAAAGGUGCUUCAGAAGGGUGAUGUGUUUGUAUUCCCAGUGGGACUUGUGCAUUUCCAGCACAACGUUGGAAAGGUUAAUGCAGUCGCCAUUGCAGCUCUGAGCAGCCAAAAUCCAGGUGUUAUUAGCAUUGCUAAUGUAGUCUUUGGAUCAAAGCCUGCCAUUUCUGCUGAUGUUCUUGCAAAGGCAUUCCAGGUUGACAAGGACACAAUCUAUGAUUUCCAGUCCAAGUUCUAG